AUGUCUGACACCGCCUGCCCGAGGAUAGUAGGCUGCCUCCUCGAUGUUUCUGGCUCGAUGCUUGAGGCCUUGGAGGCGGGUCGAUCAGACGAGCGCGCGGUUGAGCGCUUACUAGCCAUACUGCGCGCUGCUUUAAAGGUUGCACAGGCAGAACAGCGCCACGAUCCCGGAUCCCUCGUGUUCGUGGGUUUGUUCGGACUGAACACCACCAAAAACCCUGGAUGCCCUCCUGGAGUAGACCUGUGCAGUUUCACAGAAGCGAUCAUUGGCGACGAGUCGGACCACAGAUCGGGACAUGAACGUCUCAUUACCCUGGCGAACGAGGAAAAUCGGCCCAACAUCACCAGGUACAUUCGAAAGAAGCUCACAGACGAUGAGGCACGAAUCCUUCAUGCCCAUCUCCAACGGCAUCCGGAACGUGUGCUGGAGUUUGUUCACGCAAUACCGCCCCCCGAGGAAUGGGAAAGUAAGCGAAAUGAGGCCCGGACUGGAGGCAAAAUAUUUGGGUCAGCGGCCUCCGCCGCCAUCGCGGUGGUUGGCGGCCCCUUGACACUCCCCGUCCUUGGAGCCGCUGCUGGGCCCGCUGGCUUCCUUGGCGCCGUUGCUGUCGGUUACAUAGUUGGCGAUAAGGGGGCUGCCGCCACCGUAGAUAUACUUGAGGAUAAAAAGGUGGAGGACUCAGACGCACUACGGCUCGCGCGAAGCAUUUGCAACGAGUGGUUGGCCGAAUUUGCCAGCCUAACACCCCGCCCAGUGGCCGAUGUCAUCUUUCAACUGCAACGUCUGCAGAAGCGUAUGGACACCAACAGCGAGAAUAUCCUGCUCGACACUCUGCGCCGUUACUUGUAUGGCAUGACACCGAUGAAAGACACUCUACGCCAGUCCUUGACGGUGUUUCGUGAACAUCGUACGGCCAAGCAACGCAUUCUUCUCCUAGUGUCGGACGGCUUGUCGACUGAUGGCGACCCCCUUCCUCAAGUGCGAGAGCUCGAGCAAGAGAAACCAGAAGUAACCAUAGGCACAGUAUUUCUUACUGUCAAUCGAGGUACCGCCGAUCGUCGCAUCUAUGACCGGCCCUGCAGAGACUGGCACGAAGGGCAGCAGAUACUCUUUAGCAUGGCAUCGAAGGUGUCAAUUGACACACAUCCGAUACCGGUACUUGCAACAAUUGGUUGGGACAUACCUUCCUCCGGCAUUGGCGCACUUUAUGCCACGGUGUGCAGCGCAACAGCUCUCGAAGAGUUCUGCUCCAUGCUGGUAUCGGCGCGAUUCGGCGCUGCAGACGCGCUUCUGAAUAUCGUUGGGCGCCUCAGUCUCGAUAAGGUUAUCGAUGAUGGGCAUGUGCGCACCUGUCGUCGUCCCUCCGACCAGAAGCGUUCUCCAACUUGCUACGCCCAUGCCGUAGCGGCGGUGAUUCACAUGGCCCUUAUCAGGAUAAUCGGUCGGGUAGGAGGUUAUCCCAGUAUCAGAAAGAUCCGGGAGAGGAUCUUGGCAAGCUUCCCACGAAAGCCCCUUGGACACUCCAUCGAGGAUGUCCUAAAUAUGACGACCGAAUGGUACCCUCCGCUCCAAUUUCGCGAGGUGAACGAAGACGGCGCACGUCAGGCUGUUUUGCGUCGACGCCCGGUGCUCGCAACCUUCUUUCUCUCUGCGGAAGGCUGGGAAGUAUUCAGCGAACACUUUACGGCGACAGAAACUAGCAAAGUACCGCUGAUGAGCACCAAAAUGGCUGGACACCGCUCAUCGCCUGCUGAUGGCGGUCACGCCGUUGUGCUGAUACGCUGCGAGCCCCAAUCCCUCACGUUUCUUAACUCAUGGGGAAAAGAAUGGGGUGAUAAAGGUAGUUUCAGCAUCCAAGAUCACACGGUUCUGGAGCUAGAUGAAGAAGGGGCACAUAUGCGAUUCUAUGACGUCUAUUGGGAGGAGAAAGACCUGAAAGAUGCAGAAAAGAAGGCAUUCGACUUCGAAGUGGACCAGAAACUGAGCGAUGGAACGAAAAAGCACCCUAGCCUUCUAGAUCUCGAGGCCCGCUGCCCGCAUUGCAACAAAAAUUCCCCCAUAGCCAAGUUCCAGGGAAGACUUGGAGAUACCGAGUGA